GUAUCUUCAAAAUUUUCAUUCCUUACCUUUACUGUGAAUGCUAUUGCUAGCAGGCAGACAAGACCAAGCUUCAUCUCUUCAAAGCUGUCGCGCCGCCGCCGCCUAAUCUCUAUCUAAUUGAGUGAUGGUUAGGCCAGAUGGAGAAGAGGGGAUAUUGCUGCUCGAGUUUCACGGUAACGGUGACCGUUCCUGGCAGCUAAACUUCGAUGAUUUUCAGGUUUCACCGGAGCACAAGGAGAAGAAAUCGCCGAGCAAGCUCCAUAACUGUCUUGGUUGCUUGGGUCCGGAAGACAAUGUGGCAGAUUAUUACCAGCAACAGGUAGAGAUGCUUGAAGGCUUUACUGAAAUGGAUGAACUCGCAGAACGUGGCUUUGUCCCUGGAAUGUCAAAGGAAGAGCAAGACAAUCUGGCUAAAAGCGAGACAUUAGCCAUCAGAAUAUCGAACAUUGCAAACAUGGUUCUCUUUGCUGCUAAAGUCUAUGCCUCCGUCACAAGCGGCUCUUUAGCAAUCGUUGCUUCCACGUUGGACUCUCUUCUUGAUCUUCUCUCUGGCUUCAUCCUCUGGUUCACCGCCUUCUCGAUGCAGACACCAAACCCGUAUCAGUAUCCCAUUGGCAAGAAAAGGAUGCAACCACUGGGAAUCCUAGUAUUUGCAUCAGUGAUGGCCACACUUGGAUUGCAAAUCAUCUUGGAAUCUCUUCGGACAAUGUUAUCCAGUCACAAGGAGUUCAGCUUAACAAAAGAGCAAGAGAGUUGGGUGGUUGGGAUCAUGCUCUCCGUUACACUGGUCAAACUGCUUCUCGUUCUUUACUGCAGAUCCUUCAGUAACGAGAUUGUGAAAGCUUAUGCUCAAGACCACUUCUUCGACGUCAUCACAAACAUCAUUGGACUCAUUGCAGUGAUCCUCGCCAAUUACUUCGAUAACUGGAUGGAUCCAGUCGGAGCUAUCAUUCUUGCAUUGUACACAAUACGGACGUGGUCAAUGACGGUUUUGGAGAACGUGAACUCACUAGUUGGGAAAACAGCAACGCCAGAGUAUCUGCAGAAACUGACUUACUUGUGUUGGAACCACCAUAAAGCCAUAAGGCAUAUUGACACAGUGAGGGCUUACACGUUUGGAUCUCAUUACUUUGUGGAGGUUGAUAUUGUUCUCCCUGCUGAUAUGCCUCUGCAAGUGGCUCACGACAUUGGGGAAUCGCUGCAAGAGAAGCUGGAGCUGCUGCAGGAGAUAGAAAGGGCCUUUGUGCAUCUUGAUUAUGAGUAUACGCACAAACCUGAGCAUGCUAGAUCCCACUGUUAGCUGGAUUAUUCUUCUAUCUCUACGUCUAAAAAUUCUUAGAGCUUAAGAAUCUUCACCAUAUUGUUUAGUAGACAAAAAAAUACCUUUGUAAUCUAGUUUUGUUAAAACUAUAAUCUUAAGUCUAAAUAAAAUAAAUAUCAUUUCAGUGGGAUU